GGGCCGAGAGUUUCGAUAACCACCACUUGUCUCCACCGAAGGCAGCCAAGUCCUUUUGGAGAGUCGGCAAUUAGGCGGAGCUUGAGUGUAUGGCGGAAGUUGCCGAUGUUCUUCCGGGAAGGGCCGAAGGUGGCUGUGCGUUGAAGUCAGAGUUACACACGGAGCAAGCAAUAGGAAAAGCGGCGGCGGCGCUCUGAGGCGGGACUCCCCCGGUUGCUUGGUCCUUUCCCUGGCUCGGCCUCCCCGCCCUCAUCGUCCCGUCUCUCUCGGCCGGCCAAGUUAGGCCGCCGAGUCGUCCUCCCCCUACUUUCACUCUCUCCCUUUUCUCAAGAACUGGGCAGUAUUGUAUUGGGCCUGGCUGCGGUAACCACUGGGAGAGGCCGAGGCCGGGGCCGGAAGGGCCAAACAACAGUUAGCCAAGGCACCAGAAACCAGCCAAGAUGAUCAAGCUAUUCUCGUUGAAACAGCAAAAGAAGGAAGAGGAAUCGGCUGGCGGCACCAAAGGCUCCACCAAGAAAGCGUCUGCCGCGCAGCUCCGCAUCCAGAAAGAUAUAAAUGAACUUAAUUUGCCAAAAACAUGCGAAAUAGACUUUUCAGACCAGGAUGAUCUUCUCAACUUCAAACUAGUUAUCUGUCCUGAUGAGGGAUUCUAUAAAGGCGGGAAGUUUGUGUUCAGUUUUAAGGUGGGGCAAGGUUACCCACAUGACCCACCCAAAGUCAAAUGUGAGACUAUGGUAUAUCACCCAAACAUAGAUUUAGAAGGCAAUGUUUGCCUAAAUAUCCUCAGAGAGGACUGGAAGCCUGUACUAACAAUAAACUCUAUAAUUUAUGGCCUGCAGUAUCUCUUCCUGGUAAGUAUAUGUGGAAAGAAGGUGUCAAGCCAUGGCAUUAAGGCUGGAGCACUAUCUUCUUUCUCAGUCUGAGCAGGAAGAAUGAAUGUAAGAUUGGGGGAGAAAUGAUACAGAAGGCAAAGCACAGUGGGCUCCUGAGGAAUCUAGUAUACUGGGUUAGAGGGAUAGUGAAUGAAAUAAAAGUAAGUUUGUGUCAUUACAUUUUGGGAAGAUAUGUCUGAUGUGCUGUCUACCAGUUGGAAUGGGAAUUUGCCUGUACACAAGACUGUACUUGAUAAUAUCUGCAAAAACUGUUAGAAAACUUUAUAGGGUGUGGCUAAUGUGAGAAUGUUUGCAUUUAAGUAAAGUGAUUUAUAUAAGUUUUUAGCUUUCGAAUACUAUUGUUUCCUAAAGAAACUGACUACUCACAAUUAAUAGUAAUAGCACGUUGAC